AUGAUUUUUAUAGGAAAUAGAUUCGACUUUGAGUUUACAACAACAACAUCCAAUCCAAUAAGGUGUGCAUUUGGAAAGCAGUUUUUUAUACUCCUAUUUUCGGAUAACACUGGUGUUUACAAGGGAUCCUCCCAUCAUUUGUGCUUUGUUGUUCCUGUUCACUAUCCAUCAUUUGUCAGGUCUGUGUUGAAGCCAAAGGACUUGCCUCUGAAAGAAUCUGUGGACAGAUUGUUCAAGUUCAAAAGCCCGAAGGAUCGAGAUGAAUUUUUUCUUUAUGUCUGCAGCAUAUCUAACGACCACUUUGAAAUAAUAAAGGAGCUGGGACCACCGAAAAAAAUCUCUAAAGAAAAUAAAAGAACACAGUGA